UCCGGGCUGAGCAAGGCAGGGGACGGCCCAAGCGGGCACCCCACCAGCAAGCCCGGGGUGCGGGGCCAGGCGGCUCGGCGGGGUGCCCGCACCUCCGCGCCCACCUUCCCCACGGGGCCGUGCCGCCUCCAUCCCAACCCCCGCCCCUGCCGAGCCCGCUCCCCGGCUAUAAAGGUGGCGGGACGGCCCAUGCCCGCUCCUCGCCCGCUGCCAUGGCCGCGCUGCGCUUCGGGGACCCCCCGGCGGAGCCGCCCGCGUUCCCCGCAGGCAGGUGGGCGGGGGCCGGCGGGCCCGGCCCGCUCCCGGCCGCCCUCAGGGCGCUACCCCAGGCGGAUUGGGGUCGGGUCGCGGGGGCGGCGGAGCCGUCGGAGGGGGCGCCGGCGGCCUCGCAGCGUCGGAAGCGGACCAGCUUCACGGCGGCGCAGCUGGAGACGCUGGAGCUGGUUUUCCAGGACACCAUGUAUCCCGACAUCUACCUCCGGGAGAAGCUGGCCGACGCCACGCAGAUCCCCGAGUCCCGCAUCCAGGUCUGGUUCCAGAACCGGCGCGCCAAGUCCCGCCGCCAGCGGGGACCGCCCCGGCCCGGCCCCGCCGCGCCGCCCGCCGCCGAGCCGCCCCCGCCCGGCUUCGCCCUGCGCGCCCCGGAGCGGCCCCGCUACGCCCUGUCCGGCCUGGCUCAGGUCGUCCAGCUCAAGGAGGAGGGCUCGGCUCCCUACGAGUGGGCGCCAGCCGCCGUCUUCCCCCCCGGGCCCGGCUUCGAGGGCUUCCCCCCCCGGCAGCCCAGCGGCGCCGAGCCCGACUCCUUCGCGGGGCCGCCGCCGCCGGCCGUGGGGAGUGCGGCCGGUCCCUACCCGCCGGCCCGCGGCUUCUGCGGGCAGUACUCGCCCGUGUCGGACGCCGAGGACACCAGCGGCUACUCUGAGUCAGGCUCGGAGUGGGAGGAGAACGCCCUCGGCGCCUUCCGAGCCCUCUGAGCGCUGCCGCGGGCGGGACGCGGCGACGUGGCAUCACCCCAAAAUGCCAAACCCAUGGCGGGGGUACACGGCUCAGGCGGGGAGCAGUCACAUCCCGUGCUACCUCACUCCUGCUCUGCGACUGUUGCACUUUAUCUGGUAGUAACUGAUUUUUACCUAUUUAUUUAAGAAAGAUACGGGUCAGCUCCAUCAGCUGAGGGCAUCUUUUUUACCCUGUAUUUAAAGAUUUCUAUGAGCAUGUUUUCUAUUCCUAUUUAACCUUCUUCAGCCAAAAAGCUAACCAAAUCCACUGUGUUUUGGGGGUGGGGGCUGGGCUUAGAGAAGUAGAGGAGUGGGGUUCUCUGUCAGGAUUUUUUUGACAGAGGAAAAAAAAAAAUAAAGGUUUAUGUUUUUGCUCUACUUGUGUGUGU